AUGACUAGCAAAGACUCCAGCUGCGAGUUGAUGUCCGGCCAGAUCCCCCCUUUACCUGUGCUGCAACAGUGCAGCCCCCCAGACAGGAAUGUCUUGACAUGCUGUGAGUGUGGGGACGUCCUCUCCGACCCCUCGCCCCACACUCAUCAGACCCGUUUCCACACCAGCUGCCCGGUGUGUCAGUGUGCGGACUGCGGCAGAGCCUGCAACUGUCCCUCUGUCCUCGCCACUGCCGUGAGGGCUCUGGGUGUGAAGAGACCCCACAGGUGCCAGGCGUGUGGGAAGGAGUUCUUGUGUACGUCAGCUCUGAAGGGUCCCGUGGAGGCUGCACUCCCCGAUCUGCAGUGUCUUGGAUGCCCCUCUUUCAGGAACGAACUCUCCAGUCCGUCCUCCCACCUCACCUCGCGGAGACAGAGGCUCUUCACCUGUAAAGAGUGCGGCAAAGCGUUCCGGCACCCCUCUUCGCUCAGUAAGCACAAGAAAAGUCACAGCGGGCAGAGGCCAUACACGUGCCAGCAGUGCUGGAAAUCUUUCAGCGACUCCUCAAUCCUCAUUGGGCACAUGCGGACACACAGUGGGGAAAGGCCGUACGUGUGUGAAUGGUGUGGGAAAAGCUUCAGUCGCUCCUCCAAUCUCACAGCACACAAGAGAAUUCACAGCGGGGAGAAGCCUUACGAGUGCACUCAGUGUGGGAUAUCCUUCAAAGACUCUGCCGCCCUCAGGAAGCAUUCGUGGACACACAGCGGGCAGAGGCCGUAUGUGUGCCAGGAGUGCGGCAAGUCCUUCGUCGAACCCUCCUCCUUCAGAAUACACGCACGGACGCACAGCGGGAAGAGGCCCUACGCGUGCGAGGAGUGUGGGAAAACCUUCAUCUGCUCCUCCCACCUCACGGUGCACCGCAGGACGCACAGCGGGGAGCGACCCUACGCGUGCCAGGAGUGUGGGAAAACCUUCACGUGUUCCUCCCACCUCACCUCUCACAUACGCACACACAGCGGGGAGCGGCCCUUUGCCUGCAAGGACUGCGGCAAAGCCUUCAAGUACUCCUCAGCGUUCAAGAAGCACAUGAGAAGUCACAGUAGGGAGAGGCCGUAUGUGUGCAGGGUCUGCUGGGCCUCCUUUGGCAAUGCCUUGGCCCUCAUCAGGCACUCGCAGGAUCACAGCCCGGAGCAGCCCUACACGUGCGAGGAGUGUGGGAAAACCUUCAUCUGCCCCUCCUACCUCAGAGUGCACUGGAGGACGCACAACGGAGAGCGGCCGUACACGUGCCUAGAGUGCGGGAAAACCUUCAGCUGCUCAUCCAACCUCACCUCGCACAGACGGACGCACAGUGCGGACAGGCCUUUCACCUGUAACGAGUGCGGCAAAGCCUUCAAGCAGUACACAGUGCUCACCAGGCACAAGAGAACUCACGGUGUGGAGAGGCCGUCCCCAAGAAAGCAGUGA